UGAAACUGUUUUAAUACAGCGGGACUUAAGUGUCUGUGUAUAUCCAUGUAGAGCCUUUGAUAAGUUGGGCUUUCUUUCUCUCACAAGAGACGCCCCCCUCCCCAAACGAAAAGCUCGACUGGAAAGAUGCUGCAACAAGAUUUGAGUUGUUUUAGCUGAAAUCUGCUAAAUUAUUGGAAAAUGUCAGGAAGGGACCAUUACCGGGACCGGGGAGAUAGACAGGGGGAGGACAAUCUUCCGGAGAUGAACAGUAUUUUCCAAGGAGAGGUUGUUUCUCUCCAGCCAUACGGAUGUUUCAUCAAGAUUCCAGGAUGCAGGAAAAAUGGUUUGGUUCACAAGUCUCAGAUGUCGGCAUCUCGAGUCGAGGACCCGAAAGAGGUUGUGGACAUGGGGGACAGGGUGUACUGUAAGGUCAUCUCACUUGGGGAAGGAGGCAAUGGGAAGAUCUCCCUGUCCAUGAAGGUCGUGAACCAAGGGGACGGCCAUGACCUUGACCCUAACAAUGUUGCCAUGAGUAUGGAAGAACAGAGAAAGAAAAACCCCAAGAAUUACGAGCGACAGAAGAUCACCCUUGGAGCGGUGCUGAACACAACCUGUAGGAAAUGUGGUGGCAAAGGACACAUGGCCCAGGACUGUUUCAGUGGAGGGGACGGGAAGAAAUACGAACUCUUACCAGAGGAGGAUGAAACAAUGUCUACACAACAACCAACUCCACAGGCAGCACAGGAGUCCAAAAAGAGGAAGAAGAAAAAGAAGGAAAAAAAGCACAAGAAGUCCAAGAAGAAGCACAAGCACCACUCAGAUGACAGCAGCUCCGACGACUCAAGUUCAGAAGAAGAAGAAAGUCGUCACAGAAAGAGACACAAACACAAACAUAAACACAAGAAGGAACACAAAACGGCACGGGCGAGCGACUCCGAAUCUGAUAGCGACUCAGACAACAGAACUCACAAAAGACACAAGAAGCACAAGAGAUAGUGUUUGUAUAGUGUUUUAGAAUGAUCAUAGGUUUGCCAUUUUUAGAUUGACAGAGGAAACUUCAAUGUAUGGUACCGCAUGAUGAAUGAACAGUUUACACUGGCACUGAUUUCCCUGUCCUUGGUACUGAAUGUAGCCUUUUACACACAAUCUCUCGGUAUCAGUAGCUGAUUUGACCCCUCCCUUAAUAGCUUGUGGCUGUGAAAUCAAGGGAAACAUUCCUAUAAAUACCAAUAAGAGCUCAGGAUUUUCACCAUGGAAACUAGUCACCAUAGCAUCCAUCACCAUGGUAACAGACAGCUUUCUGCAUGACAAUACAUGAACUCUAUAUUAGAAAAUAUGCAAAAAUCAACAGAAUUAGAAUGUUUCAUAUUGUCCUGACUCAAAGGUGUUGGCUACGAAGCUUGACCCGAGUGGAAGGGUCGCUACAAGUGUGAUUUAGUUAGGCUUGUAACAUUACUGGUUCACACUGACACUGCUGUCGCUGUCCUUGGUACUGAACAAUGUUCACACUAACAUUGCUGUCCCUGUCUUUUGUACUGAAUGACAUUCUCUAGUUUUAGUAUUACUGGUAUACAAUAUGAUAGACUUCAGGCAGAAUAUUGUACAUAUUAAUGAAACCAUACAAACUAGAUGUUAUGCAAAGUACAGCAAGCCAUUGGUUAAGUUCUAAAAAGGGUCAGGUGUUUCAAAUAGCAUCCAUGAUCUUUCAUAAGAGACUAACAACAAAUCUAUGUUGCCUGUAUAUAAUUGAGUCUCUGAAUAGAAGUGAGCAAAGUUGUCUGUAAAUAGGUGUUAUAAGCUGUUACACUUCAUGGA